CUUUUCCUUUCUCCCCCCCCAAAAAAGCGCAUUAACAUCAGUUCUCCUACCGUCGUUAAUCAAAAGGGCGGAAACCAUGAAAUUCACAAACUCACCGGUGAUCGAACUCGUCGUCAACAACAACACACUCUCUCUCCAACAGGACAACAAAACCAUGCACGUCGGCACCUCCGUGUGGCCCGGUUCCAUUGUUCUUGUCAAAUUUGCCGAUCACUGGUCUUCCUUAAACCCUAAAACCCCAAACCCUAACCCUUACUCCGACCUCCUCAACUUCAGCGGCAAACGCGGCGUCGAACUUGGUACAGGCUGCGGCGUCGCCGGUAUGGGCCUCUACCUAUUGGGCCUAACCGACGUUUACCUCACCGACAUUGCCGCUGUUAUGCCAGCUUUAAAGCAUAACCUGAAGAAGAAUAAGCCAGUAUUGAAGAAAUCCUUGAAGAUUGCCCAGUUGUAUUGGGCUAAUUCUGUCCAAAUUAAGGCUCUUUCACCGCCCUUUGAUGUUGUGAUUGCUGCUGAUGUGGUGUAUUUGGAGGAGACAGUGAGGCCAUUGGUUGAAACUAUGGUGAAAAUGGUGGCAGAGGACGGUGUGGUAUUGCUUGGGUAUCAGUUACGGUCGCCGGAAGCUGAUAAAUUGUUUUGGGAAGUUUCCGGGGAGGUUUUCAAAAUUGAGAAGGUGCCGCAUGAAGAUUUGCAUCCUGAGUAUAAUUAUGAAGAGACUGAUGUUUAUAUUUUCAGGAAAAAGAAGAAUUUGAUUGAAGAUGAAAAAACAGUCAAGGAGGACAGUAGUUCUUGAAGAAGAGACAGCAGCAUUUGGAAAACAACGGAGCUUUAGGAGAACGCUUUGCAAUGGAGUGUAGCUUGAGCCAGGUAUUGGCAGGAACAUUUAUUAGUGGUUUAUAAUCAAUUUCUAAAUAGUCUACUUCAAGCAUACCAUCUUCUUAUAUUUCACUUCCCUUAGUGUGAUGGGCAUACAUGAAGAUGAAGCUGGCUCUCUCUUGUAAAGGAGUUGUACUGGAGUGUGUGAGCAUACAAGUUUAGUUGAAGCAAUAGGGUGUCUUUUGUAGGAGAUAUACUGAUGUAUCUGAGAGGGGCUUAUCUUCAAUGGAUGAUAAAGUGGACAUAUACUAUGUUUUUUGUAACAUAUAUUCCUUGUUUGGGGAUUUGAUUUCAUCAGAUUCUCAGUUGCAUACAUGAAUUUUUGAAUAAAUAUAAUUAUCCGUUUCUGA